GGGAGCCCUGUUAGAAAAAUCCGCGCGUGCCUUGCCAAAUCCGCCGAAAGUUGGCGGCGGUGGAUGGCCUCGAAUCGGUGGAAAGCGCCAUGAAGUUGGGUAAAGCCACUGAGCUCGAGCUAGGGGAAGAAGAGGAGGGCCGCCAGGAGGAGACGCAGCCGGAUCAGAAGCUCGAGCAGGCCGACCUCCCGAUGCAGAAGGUGGCCGUGUCCGUUCUCUUCUACGCUGCCUGCUCCUCCACCUUGCUGCUGAUCAACAAGGUGGCGAUGCACUUUGUGCCGGAUGCGUCCUUCAUCCUCUUCUGCCAGUUCCUUGUGUCAUCCCUGACGGUGCGCUCCAUCAAGUGUGCCGCGCCGGACGCUGACAUCGAGCUGAUCCGUUGGGAGAAGGCCCGGCCCUUCUUUCUGGCCUGCCUGAUCUUCUUCCUUUGCCUGCUCGCGAAUACCGCGGCGCUGAAGUCGGUGAACGUGGAGACAGUGAUCGUCGCCCGCUCCUGCGCUCCCAUUGCGGUCUCAGUGCUGGAGCACUACACGCUGGGCAGAGCCCUGCCCAGUGCGAAGGGCACGUGUGCGCUCAUGGGCAUCGCCGGGGGCGCGGUGGUCUACGUGGUGUCGGACGAGGGCUUUCGGAUCGAGGGCUACACCUGGCUGUUGCUCUACUUCGUCUUCAUCGUCACGGAGAUGGUCUUCGUGAAGUUCGUGGUGGAGACUGUGCCCAUGUCCACCUGGACGCGUGUCUACUACAACAACACCAUGUCCCUGCCCCUGGUGGUCCUCUCCUCCAGCUUCAUGGGCUUCGGCGCCUUUCUGGAGGUGAGCUGGGACUUCCAGCACGUCGGGGUGGUGGCUCUCUCCUGCAUCGUGGGGGUGGCCAUCUCCUACUCGGGGUUCAACCUUCGGAAGCUGGUCUCUGCCACCUCCUUCACCGUCAUAGGUGUGCUUUGCAAGCUUCUGACGGUCCUGCUCAACGACAUGGUCUGGAGCAAGCACUCCAACUUCAUGGGCCACCUGGGGCUGUUGCUCUGCAUCGCCGCCGGCUUCGCUUAUGAGCAAACCAAGGCCAAGUAGUGGAUUGAUCGAUCCAAGAGCUUGGAUCGGGCACACACGUUCUGCAUGGCUUGAAGUAAUUCAGCGCCGCUCGGUAGGGGGCAUCCUCAGCCGGCGGAGG